GAAGAUGAACAAUUAAGAAAUUAACGAGAGGUUGAAAUAGUAGUUGAUUUUAUAGCAUUUGGUGUCAAAAUUUUGGGAAGAAGGAUCACUUAGAUCGUAGAAGGCUUGUUAUAGCAAUGAGAAGUGAAGAGAUUGUGUUGUCUUUCUCCUUUCUUCUUCUCUGCCUGCCGCUAUGCUUCCAAAUAUGUUUGGGUGGAGAUACUCUGAAGGCUAACCAGUUCAUAACUCAGGACUCCCAAGGAAACCUUGUUUCAUCUAACGCCACAUUUGAGCUGGGCUUUUUUUCUCCUGCUGAGAAAAGUGGAGGGAAAUACCUGGGGAUUUGGUAUCACGCCUUGGAACCACAAACAGUAGUGUGGGUUGCCAACAGAGAUCAUCCUGUUCCAGAUUCCGGUGGAGUUUUUCGAAUUGCGGAGGAUGGAAAUCUGGUGGUAGAAUAUGCAUUCAGAAGCCUCUGGUCUUCUGAACUUGGAGCAUCCUCGUCCUCUAACAGAACACUGCAGCUCCUAGAUUCUGGGAAUCUAGUACUAAAAGAGGAUGACUCUGAAGCGACAUACCUGUGGGAAAGCUUCCAGAACCCAACAGACACGUUUCUUCCCGGCAUGAAAAUGGAUGCGACUUUGUCGUUGACUUGUUGGAGAGACUCCUCUAACCCAGCACCUGGGAACUUCACCUUCAAGCUGACUCAAAAGGCUGAGACACGGAGCUUCGUUGUGCAAUAUCAAUCACAAAUCCACUUGGCACUUGAUGAAUAUGACACAGAAGCGGCUUCCCAGAAGGUAUUUAAUUUGUUGAACAACGACAUCUGGAGUGCUAAAACGUAUAAUUAUUCUAACAAAACACUAUUCGUAUCAAAACCUUAUGUGUACUAUAAAUCAAGGCUUUUGAUGAAUUCUAGCGGGGAGAUAGUGUUUCUGGAGUGGGAUGAGGCAGAAUCAAAUUGGACUAAGAUAUGGUCGGCGCCAGAGAACAACUGUGACCUACCUGACUAUUGUGGGAGCUUCAGCCUAUGUAACAGAGAUAACUUCAUUCAGUGCAAAUGUUUGCCAGGAUUCAGUCGUAUUCAUGAUUCUCGUUCUGAUGGAGAAUCCGAGUCCAAAGGAUGUGUGAGAAAAUCAGGAUCGUGUACCAACAAGGACGUGAUGUUCCUGAACUUAACCAAGAUAAAAGUGGGCGACCCAGACCAACAAAUUUAUGCUCAAACAGAAGCAGAAUGCCAAUCCAUCUGCAUCGACAUGUGUCCCGAAUCACAGUGCCAAGCCUAUUCAUUUAAUAUUUCGACCAAUCGCGACGAUAAUUUAUACUCGUGCAGAAUCUGGACGCGGCCUUUACCUUCUCUUGUUGAGAAGUACGCGCGCGGUAGUGAUCUUUCUAUCUUGGUUAAAACAUCAGAUAUAGCACCAACUGCUAAAUCGUGUGAACCUUGCGGCACAUAUGUCAUUCCCUAUCCGCUGAGCACUGGACCAAACUGUGGAGACCCCAUGUACAACAAGUUCAAUUGCGACAAUUCCACUGGCAAAGUUAGUUUUAUGAUUCCCGGACGUAUAUCAUACCCAGUAACUUGGAUCGAUGAAGAUUCCAGAAUGUUUGCCAUUCAAACAGACGAUUUCUAUUCCUUCAAUUACAGUUUCAGCAGUCAGAAUAGCACUGAUUUUCCGUUUAAGGUAGCUCAGUACAAUGAAGAUGCCGUAAUAAAAAUCAGUUGGUUACCAGCGCCAGAACCCCCCUGUAGUCAGCGUACAGACUGCAUUAGUUGGCCAAAUUCAACAUGCAGAGCAACAGGGGAAGGUGGAAGUAGGUGCCUUUGUAAUUCAAACUAUAAAUGGAAUAACACAUUAAUGAGCUGCACCCAAGAGCAAUCAGGAAAUCACUCAACUCGACUAGAACUGAUUCUUUUAGCAACUCUUGGUUCCCUGGCUGCUGUGACAUGCAUAAUAGCUUUUGGCUUCGUGUGGAGAAAGAAAAAGCCCCGUAAACAUGACCGAGCAAGCACCCGAAUUCAGGAGAGCUUGUAUGAGAGUGAAAGACAUGUGAAAGGUUUGAUUGGCUUAGGAAGUUUAGAAGAAAAAGACAUCGAAGGCAUUGAAGUUCCCUUUUACACUUUUGCAAGCAUUCUCGCAGCUACAGAUAGUUUCUCGGAUUCUAACAAGCUUGGAAGAGGAGGUUAUGGACCUGUUUAUAAGGGAACGUUUCCUGGAGGUCAAGAAAUAGCUGUAAAGAGACUUUCAAGUGUUUCCACUCAAGGCCUGCAAGAAUUCAAAAAUGAGGUUAUUUUGAUUGCCAAACUUCAACAUCGGAACCUUGUUAGACUGAGGGGCUACUGCAUAAAAGGGGAUGAAAAAAUCUUACUUUAUGAAUACAUGCCAAAUAAGAGUUUGGACUCAUUUAUAUUUGACCGUAGUCGAACUAUACUGUUGGAUUGGCCGAUGCGGUUUGAGAUAAUAGUAGGCAUUGCACGAGGCAUGCUAUACCUUCAUCAAGACUCUAGAUUGAGAGUGAUUCAUAGAGACAUGAAAACCAGCAACGUUCUCUUAGACGAGGAAAUGAAUCCAAAGAUAUCUGACUUUGGUCUUGCCAAAAUAUUUGGAGGAAAAGAAACUGAAGCAAGUACAGGGAGAGUGAUGGGAACCUAUGGAUACAUGGCUCCAGAGUACGCUUUGGAUGGACUUUUUUCAGUGAAAUCUGAUGUUUUCAGUUUUGGAGUGGUCCUACUGGAGAUUCUUAGUGGAAAAAAGAACACAGGAUUCUAUGAGUCCAAACAAAUUUCUAGCCUUUUGGGUUAUGCAUGGAACUUAUGGUCAGAGAACAAGAUACUGGAUUUAAUGGAUUCUAGUCUUGGUGAAACAUGCAACGAAAAUCAAUUUUUCAAAUGUGCAGUUGUUGGAUUAUUAUGCAUACAAGAUGAACCNAUAAAUAUCUUUGUUGGGCAUGCCGACAUUUGGUGUCAAAAUUUUGGGAAGAAGGAUCACUUAGAUCGUAGAAGGCUUGUUAUAGCAAUGAGAAGUGAAGAGAUUGUGUUGUCUUUCUCCUUUCUUCUUCUCUGGCUGCCGAUAUGCUUCGAUAUAUGUUUGGGUGGAGAUGCUCUGAAGGCUAACCAGAACAUAACUCAGGACUCCCAAGGAAACCUUGUUUCAUCUAACGCCACAUUUGAGCUGGGCUUUUUUUCUCCUGCUGAGAAAAGUGGAGGGAAAUACCUGGGGAUUUGGUAUCACGCCUUGGAACCACAAACAGUCGUGUGGGUUGCCAACAGAGAUCAUCCUGUUCCAGAUUCCGGUGGAGUUUUUCGAAUUGCGGAGGAUGGAAAUCUGGUGGUAGAAUAUGCAUUCAGAAGCCUCUGGUCUUCUGAACUUGGAGCAUCCUCGUCCUCUAACAGAACACUGCAGCUCCUAGAUUCUGGGAAUCUAGUACUAAAAGAGGAUGACUCUGAAGCGACAUACCUGUGGGAAAGCUUCCAGAACCCAACAGACACGUUUCUUCCCGGCAUGAAAAUGGAUGCGACUUUGUCGUUGACUUGUUGGAGAGACUCCUCUAACCCAGCACCUGGGAACUUCACCUUCAAGCUGACUCAAAAGGCUGAGACACGGAGCUUCGUUGUGCAAUAUCAAUCACAAAUCCACUUGGCACUUGAUGAAUAUGACACAGAAGCGGCUUCCCAGAAGGUAUUUAAUUUGUUGAACAACGACAUCUGGAGUGCUAAAACGUAUAAUUAUUCUAACAAAACACUAUUCGUAUCAAAACCUUAUGUGUACUAUAAAUCAAGGCUUUUGAUGAAUUCUAGCGGGGAGAUAGUGUUUCUGGAGUGGGAUGAGGCAGAAUCAAAUUGGACUAAGAUAUGGUCGGCGCCAGAGAACAACUGUGACCUACCUGACUAUUGUGGGAGCUUCAGCCUAUGUAACAGAGAUAACUUCAUUCAGUGCAAAUGUUUGCCAGGAUUCAGUCGUAUUCAUGAUUCUCGUUCUGAUGGAGAAUCCGAGUCCAAAGGAUGUGUGAGAAAAUCAGGAUCGUGUACCAACAAGGACGUGAUGUUCCUGAACUUAACCAAGAUAAAAGUGGGCGACCCAGACCAACAAAUUUAUGCUCAAACAGAAGCAGAAUGCCAAUCCAUCUGCAUCGACAUGUGUCCCGAAUCACAGUGCCAAGCCUAUUCAUUUAAUAUUUCGACCAAUCGCGACGAUAAUUUAUACUCGUGCAGAAUCUGGACGCGGCCUUUACCUUCUCUUGUUGAGAAGUACGCGCGCGGUAGUGAUCUUUCUAUCUUGGUUAAAACAUCAGAUAUAGCACCAACUGCUAAAUCGUGUGAACCUUGCGGCACAUAUGUCAUUCCCUAUCCGCUGAGCACUGGACCAAACUGUGGAGACCCCAUGUACAACAAGUUCAAUUGCGACAAUUCCACUGGCAAAGUUAGUUUUAUGAUUCCCGGACGUAUAUCAUACCCAGUAACUUGGAUCGAUGAAGAUUCCAGAAUGUUUGCCAUUCAAACAGACGAUUUCUAUUCCUUCAAUUACAGUUUCAGCAGUCAGAAUAGCACUGAUUUUCCGUUUAAGGUAGCUCAGUACAAUGAAGAUGCCGUAAUAAAAAUCAGUUGGUUACCAGCGCCAGAACCCCCCUGUAGUCAGCGUACAGACUGCAUUAGUUGGCCAAAUUCAACAUGCAGAGCAACAGGGGAAGGUGGAAGUAGGUGCCUUUGUAAUUCAAACUAUAAAUGGAAUAACACAUUAAUGAGCUGCACCCAAGAGCAAUCAGGAAAUCACUCAACUCGACUAGAACUGAUUCUUUUAGCAACUCUUGGUUCCCUGGCUGCUGUGACAUGCAUAAUAGCUUUUGGCUUCGUGUGGAGAAAGAAAAAGCCCCGUAAACAUGACCGAGCAAGCACCCGAAUUCAGGAGAGCUUGUAUGAGAGUGAAAGACAUGUGAAAGGUUUGAUUGGCUUAGGAAGUUUAGAAGAAAAAGACAUCGAAGGCAUUGAAGUUCCCUUUUACACUUUUGCAAGCAUUCUCGCAGCUACAGAUAGUUUCUCGGAUUCUAACAAGCUUGGAAGAGGAGGUUAUGGACCUGUUUAUAAGGGAACGUUUCCUGGAGGUCAAGAAAUAGCUGUAAAGAGACUUUCAAGUGUUUCCACUCAAGGCCUGCAAGAAUUCAAAAAUGAGGUUAUUUUGAUUGCCAAACUUCAACAUCGGAACCUUGUUAGACUGAGGGGCUACUGCAUAAAAGGGGAUGAAAAAAUCUUACUUUAUGAAUACAUGCCAAAUAAGAGUUUGGACUCAUUUAUAUUUGACCGUAGUCGAACUAUACUGUUGGAUUGGCCGAUGCGGUUUGAGAUAAUAGUAGGCAUUGCACGAGGCAUGCUAUACCUUCAUCAAGACUCUAGAUUGAGAGUGAUUCAUAGAGACAUGAAAACCAGCAACGUUCUCUUAGACGAGGAAAUGAAUCCAAAGAUAUCUGACUUUGGUCUUGCCAAAAUAUUUGGAGGAAAAGAAACUGAAGCAAGUACAGGGAGAGUGAUGGGAACCUAUGGAUACAUGGCUCCAGAGUACGCUUUGGAUGGACUUUUUUCAGUGAAAUCUGAUGUUUUCAGUUUUGGAGUGGUCCUACUGGAGAUUCUUAGUGGAAAAAAGAACACAGGAUUCUAUGAGUCCAAACAAAUUUCUAGCCUUUUGGGUUAUGUAUGUUUAUUGUGUUGCUGUCUUGUGUUGUUUUUGUGACUUAUAUUGAUUUCUGAUUCAUUUUUUCUUGACAUUAUAUUUA